UUACUACGGUUAUUUUACUGUUAUAAGAAAGAUUCUAUUACUGUUGGUGCGCAAUAGUUUUAUUGUUUGCGACAUUCAUGUAAUAUCAGUUUUUAAAAACUUAAAUUAUUGAGAUUACAUUUGCGACAUUGACUGUGACUGUUUAUAUAAAAUACAAAUGUAAUUACAUAGUUCUUCUUUAGUAUUGGUGCAAUCAUUACACUCAUAUUUGGAGAUAUUGCUUAAUGAUUUUAUAAUUGCUUAACAUUCGACACAAAGUGUUACACGGAAUGUUGGAAAACGCAGGAUUUGAUCAGAAUGGAGAUGCAUACACAGAAAUGGAUGCCACUUUUCUGGUGGGUGUGCCAUCUACAUACCAACUGUCACCCCCGCAGCAAGGGCCUGAAGAUCUAAUAUGCCAGCCGAGUAUCGAACUUACAAAUACAACGGUUAUGAGCGAGCCACAACCAGGGACUGUCUUGAACAAUGUUCAAAAACCACUUCGAAACCAUACGGUAACCGCCUUGUUAGUCCUAUGUUGCUUCCUUCCAACAGGUUUAUUCGCAGUCUAUUUUGCAUACAAAGCACGGAAUCUCGAGCUCUCAGGCGACUAUGACAAUGCGAAGUUGAUGUCAGACUGUACAAGAAAAUUGAUAAUUGCUACAACAACUAUUGGAAUAUUUCUCGCCAUUCUUACCGCCGUCAAUUACAAUACCCAAAUAGUGAAUUAUUACAAAAAAAUAAAGCAACUAUAUACCUAUAGAUAUAUAGGAUAUAAAUGUCAACGUCCACUUCAUACUCGAAAAACUGACGUGAUUCUAAAUUGAAAAGAACAUAUUUCUGAAAUCAUGUGGUGUGAUUCUCGUACUUGAAUAUCGUGAAUACAUGUAUACCGUUAAUAUUUUUUUAUUUCGUAUCAUUUUGUUGUUGAAAAUAUCUAUGUAUAUACAAAUAUUAUUUCAAAUAUAAAAGAGUUUAUCCAUAAAUCUA